AUGCCUUUCAACUUCUGUCAUAGAAGAGCUUUGCAAAGCGCAAAACGUCACGAAAUAGACGACCAAGUCCUGGCUACAAGUGAUGACCUGCGCGACUUAUCGAGGUGCGAUUUUGUAAAGAAAAUGUUUGCCCCAGUACAAAGCGCGUACCAGCGCAAAGCGUUUGCGAAAGAACAUUUUCAUUACGUCAAGCCAGUACAACAUCAAUAUGCAGACAACGCAAACGAAUCAUUCCACUACGUGCCAAUAGCAAGUGUCCUGAAAAACAUCUUGGAAACUCCAACAGCUGCUGAAUCUGUACUCCAUCCGCCACCCUGCUCUGACCCAGGAAAGAUUAGCAAUUUCCGAGAUGGUACACUCCACAAGCAACUUCUGAGCAUCACACAACAGGCCGUGCUACCUAGCACUGUGUACAUCACUCUCUACUCCGAUGAGCUUGAGAUCGUCAACCCCAUAGGACCUAAGCGUGGCACCCACAAAUUGCUUGUAGUUUACUUCGCUUUUCUGGAUCUGCAUCCCAAGUUUCGCUCACAAGUGAAACACAUCCACUUGGCAUUGAUAGCGAAAUACCCGGACAGCAAGGGUCGCCUCGACGUAGUCUUGGCACCAUUGAUUAGCGACUUGAAUCUACUAGCCACUGAGGGCAUCGAUGUCGUCAAAGCGAUGGGUAAUGUGUCGUUGAAUACUAUAUUUCUGCAUGCGGACCCUUCCGCGAGACCAUAUCGGGCAGACGACUUUGCCGAAGGUGUCUUUUCUGUGAUAUUAAAAGAAGACGUAGCCCAGUUUGGGGCCUACCUGUAUAACCACGUGUGGGCGUUGACACUGCAUUCAAGGCUGCCAAAAGAAAAACUCGUAGCGAAGAAAGAGAUCAGCGUGAAGAAUAAAAAGUGUAUCAUCCUGGAUCCAAUUCAAAACGAAAUCUACAUGUCGGUGCAUUGGCUGCCAAUGCACGUGUCUGAUAACGGUGUGAGCAACGCUCUUACUGCAUACGGGGAAGUAGAAAAAAUAGAAAGAGGGCGAUGGAGAUCAACAGCUUUCGCAGGUGCUGAGACGACGACGCGCAAGGUUGCGAUAGUUCUGCGGAAGGGGGUGUCCGUGGAGGACAUUCCUCAUGUUAUGAAGAUCAUGGGAGGCCAUGUCUUGAUAGAUAUACCGGGAAGACCGCCGCUGUGUCUAAGGUGCAAGAAGGUGGGACACCUAAGGAAGAUAUGUAGAGCCUCCUGGUGUAAAACCUGCAGAAAUUUCGGCCAUGUUCCAGAUGACUGCAUUAGUACCUACGCUGCUAAGACGAGAGCACCUGCCGAAUAUACGACGACAGCAGAACUAAUGGACGUGGACGAAAACGUACAAGUAGGGGCAACUGCGCUAGAGAAAAGAGAGCACCAGUCUGAGCCAGAGCGGCACAUGCAAGCAGAAGCAGUCGGUGACGAAACAGCCGCCCUGUCGGAAAGAAGGAUCAACGAGGAGAUAACGAGCGGCACCGGUACAGAUGAGAAGCUUCGUCAGCAGAAGGCAAAGACUCACGAAGCAGCAGGUCAUUCUCCAGAAGACACAAAGGGUGUACAAUAUAAAGACAGUCUUCCCGAAGCAGGGAACUCCGAAACAGACUUGGUGGUUCUUCGACCGGAGAUGCUUCCCAGGAAGAAGCACGACCCAGACAGUGACGAGGACGAGCCUGCGCCAGUGGCUGAGGACUUGCUUCGACAGAUGGCAUCCCUCUGUACGUUACUGACGCAGCAGCUUGGUAGCAGCACGCCCGCCGCCCAGCCGUCCCCGGACACGCAGCUGCGCCUGAACUUGCCGUGCUUACCAAACUGCCGUUGGAGCCACCGACGACGUCAUUCUGCGUCGAGUACUUCCCGCAGCGCUGUGGCCUUGGUCCCGCUUGCGUGCCGAUUGCAAGAUGACAUCUGCAACAUUGGACCUUUCAUCGUGGUGCGCGUUUUGGGCAAAGACGUUGCAGGUUUGGUGGACACCGGAGCAACUGUUUCCCUGAUCGGCGACACCAUCCACGGCUGGUGCCCGGAGCGGAACAUCUCGGUACGGACGACCAGGACUCGCCUAAGGCUCGCCUCUGAUGCGGUUGUACCUGCCGGUGGCGCGGUGCGCCUUACCUUGGCUGUCGAUGGACAUCGGGUCAGACAACGCUUUGUUUACCUUCCUGGACUGGCAGGAGCAAUGAUCCUGGGACGCGACUUCAUUAUCCGGAUGGGACUUGUCCUGGACUUGCGUCGCGGAGGUUACCAGCAUGCAUGCAGCAGUGCCUUCUACCCAUUCCUGGAGUGGACAACCCCUGGAGCGGACCAACGCCGGACUGGUGAGGGAACCCAGGACGACUGCUCAAAGCGAAACCGGGAACCGACUGGCAACAGCGAUGAACCUAAGCAGCAAGCCGCUGGAGUACCUCGCGGCGCUGGACCAUCACUGCCCGUUGGAGAUCAUCACGGAACAGAAUACCGAACGCCUGUAGUUGCAACUGCUGCCUUGCAGGAGGGUCUGCAAGGGUUUUCUGGAACCUCAGAGCAACGAGAAAUGCUGGAGCAAGCAUUGCUACCCUUUUCCCGGAUGUUUACGGAAAAACCAGGUUUGACCGAAGUCUUGGAACACGGCAUAGACACCGGCGACGCAAGGCCUUGGAGAUGCAACCCGCGGCCGCUUAGCGUCCACAAGCGCAAGUUGCUCGAUGCUGCGCUGAACGAAAUGAUCGAGACGGGUGCUGCGAGACCCUCGCGCAGCCCGUGGGCCUUUCCGGUGGUACUCGCUCCGAAGAAAGAUGGAACCGCAAGGUUGUGCGUGGACUACCGCCGGUUGAACGAGGUGACGGAACACCUUUCACACCUGAAAGUGGUGUUCGGACGUAUGCAAGCUGCUGGGUUGACGGUCAAUCCUCGAAAGAUGCAGUUGGCGACUAACCGCAUCGACCUGCUCGGGUUUACAGUGGAGUCCGGCACGGUCAGGCCGAACGAGGACAAGCUGAAGGCUAUCCUAGACUACCCUCGCCCGCAGGAGGUAAAGAGCUUGCAGCGCUUCCUUGGUAUGAUUGGAUUUUAUAGACAAUUCAUACCGCGGUGUUCGGACAUGACGCAGCCACUAACCUGGCUAUUGCGGAAAGGUGCGCGCUGGUCAUGGGGAGAAGCACAGGAGAAUGCAUUCUCCGCCCUGACGGAAGCGAUAGCGCAGAUCACCUGUCUGUAUCUCCCAGAUCUUAAUCGCCCAUUUGUAAUGCAGACAGACGCGAGCGAUUAUGGACUGGGCGCAGUGUUGUUACAACAGCACGAAGGUGAACUUCGGCCGGUGGCAUUUGCAAGCCGCACGCUGACAUCACCUGAACGAAAUUACACCGUGACAGAGAAAGAGUGCCUGGCUAUCAUGUUCGCACUGAAUAAGUUUGACAUGUAUCUGGAUGGUGCGAAAUUUGCAAUCCAGACUGACCAUCAGGCACUCACCUGGCUGAGUAGACUGAAAAAUCCCGCCGGAAGACUUGCACGUUGGAGUCUGACGUUGCAAAGGUACGACUUCUCGAUCGAAUAUCGGAGGGGGACCUCUAACAAAGUGGCAGAUGCGCUGUCUCGAGCACCUCUGCCCCUGGAGGACGUCGUUACCACGCAGGAGCUCGUAGCCGCGGUUGGACAAGCCGGAACGGACGGAGAGCUAGCGUGGGGACACAUCGUGAGCCGGAAGGACAUCGUGGAAGCCCAGAGGACGGACGGACUCUGUCAGCGUGUAGUAAGGUGGCUGGAGACAACGGGCCCAGCGGACGCCGGUGACGCUGAAGAGAGGUUCGACUCCUAUCAGCUGAGCGAGGAUGGUCUUCUGGUGAGGUACAUCCCCCAGGCGGACGACGAGGAGGUCGGCGGCAACCCUUUCAGGAUCGUAGUACCACGAAAGCUACGUAAGUUAUUCCUCAUAUAUUUCCAUGACUCUGCUUUGGCAGGUCACGGUAGCGGCAGCAAGACUUAUUCUAAGUUAUGUCGUAUCGCGACGUGGCCAGGCAUGAGACAGGAUGUUUUGCGGUUUACUCGCAGCUGUCCAGUGUGUCAGAAGUCGAAACCUAGGGGAGGACAGCCGCCAGGAUUGCUGCAACCGAUUGUCAGUCAAGGGCCUUGGCAGAUAGUCGCAUGUGACAUAAUGGGGCCAUACCCCAGAAGUCCCCGUGGUAACCAAUACCUGUUAGUCAUUACAGAUCACUUCACGAAGUGGGUUGAGCUGUAUCCCCUGCGGAAAUUGGUAUCAGCUCGGAUCUGGGAUCGACUGCUGGAUGUCUUUUCGCGGUUUGGAUUCCCGGACCAGCUUAUCACGGAUAACGCCUCGUACUUUACAAGUAAGGUGUUUGUCGACACAUGCUCGGCAUUGAGUAUCCGACACAAGAAGACGUCCCCCUAUCACCCUCAGGCAAACAUAACUGAGCGGGUCAAUAGGAAUAUCAAAAUGAUGAUGGUAACACUUACCAGCAGGCAUAAGGAUUGGGACGCGCGUCUAACGGAGAUUGGCUUCGCCACUCGUACGACGGAAAAUAGGUCUACUGGGUUCACCCCUGCCUAUUUGAGUUUUGGACGGGAAAUAGUAUUCCCACUCGAAAACACGCUACGAACACUGAGGGAACAACCCCGUCGCCCGUAUGCACGAUAUGCGGAAGACAUUCGCAACCGUCUCUCAACUGCAGUUCGUUGUGCACGUGAGAAUCUUGAGGUCGCACGACUGGAGCAAGCAUCCCAGUACAACAAGGGUCGACGCCAGGUAACAUACCGCGUAGGAGACUUAGUCCUGAGGCGGACGCAUCCACUUAGCGACGCGGCGAAGGGCUUCGCAGCUUCUCUCGCGGAUCGAUGGGACGGGCCUUACCGGGUAAGUGCGCAACUUACACCCGUAACUUAUAGACUUGAACGUUGCAGUACAAGCGAGGAGUCCGACCCAGUUCACAUCACAGACCUCAAGGAGUUCAUCGAUCGCAUCUUGGAGCAAGAGGAAGGGCAAGAGGACUCCGGCACAAGUUCGUCGCAAUCCCAACCCUUCCGCGGCCCCAUCGACACGGAGUCGCAGCCCGCUGAAGAUGGGACAGUUCGGGGCGGGUUACCGGGGUCUCCUCGUUAUAACCUCCGCCCUCGUAGACCUCCAAGGUGAUGCUUUUUCAUUUUUUUUUCCCUGCAGAUGCC